GCGAUCUCUCUCCUCUUCGCUCAACUUGUCGCCCGAAAAGAUCAAGAGGAGGACGAGAGAGCGAUCGGAACAUGAAGUGAACCUCCCAAAGAUGGAAGGCCGAAAUCUUGUCGCUUCCAAAAGAACUGGAAAUGGUGUGAUUUCUUUUCUGCUCUUGCUAUUUCUCUAUUAGAUUCUUGUUGUAUUUCUGGUUUUUCUUUGUAGUAAACGGCAGCAGACGUGAUUGAGUCAGUGUUCAAGUGUCCCAAUCCUGUUCCUGCUCUAGAAUCGGAAAGAGCUUCACUUUUUCUCCUCAUUAGUUGCCCAAGCAUUUGAUGCUUUGUAGAUUUAGUCUUCUGAGAGUAAUCCGAUGAAGACUUGAAUUUGGUGAGGAACCUUCCCAUGACUGAUAGAUUUGAUAUCUUUUUGUCCUAAAGGAUCUAGGAGACAGAGCUGAUGAUCCAUAGAAGAGCUCGGUUGGAGAUCAAAGAACAGAUCUUUGUGUUCGUGGGAUCUAAGAUUGAUCCGACAAGGCAAGAACUGGGGGAAUCUGGUUCAGCUCCUGCAUCCACUUUGAGCUCCUCGAUUGGCUUGGGUCAUUCUUCUGCUUUAUCUUCUCGGCAAUGGGAACAGAUCAGCAGGAAGUGAAGUCGCACAUUUGCAAGGUCUGUGGGAGGAGCUUCCCCUGUGGAAGGUCAUUGGGUGGGCAUAUGCGAUCCCACAUGUCCUUGAUUUCCCCCCUUCAAGAGGUGGGCGAGAAGCCACAGAGCAGGAAAGGCUUAAUUGCAGCUGGAACCGGUUACGGUCUAAGGGAGAAUCCCAAGAGGACUUGGAGGAUCUCCGAGAGAGGCGGCGAGACGCUUGAUAACGGCUGCAACAAGUGUGGGAAGGGCCAUUGUGAUGGUUCUCACAGCAGAGCAGCGCAGGAGGAGGUGGAAGAUAUGGAGCAGCAAGAUCAGGGAGUAGACGAGAGGGAUGGCUUCUCCGAGACCCAAUCCUAUGGUGAGGUGACGGUGCUCCGGAAGAGGAGGAGAUCGAGAAGAGUGACGUCGAUCCCAUGUUGGAGUUCUUCGCCACACGAGUUCGACAAAGAGCAGGAGGACGUAGCACUGAGCCUUGUGAUGCUGUCGAAGGGCGUCGGCUCCUUCUGCAGUGUCAGCUCCGCCGAAGACUCCUUCGAAAGGAACCUGGUUGUCGAUUCAGCGUGCCAAGGCAUGGAUGGACAGGAAGAAGAACUGAUUACUUCAAGAAAUGUGUACGAGAGGAGUGAGCUAAAGAAGUUGGAAUCCGAUGCAUCCGAUGCCGGAUUUGCUGAAGAUGAUGAUCUCAAGAUGCCAAAGUCCUAUGACAGUGAUGACUUCGAUGAAGCAUCGACGACUUGUUUCAAGAAGAAGAGCUUGAACUGCAAUGCAGAUCGACUCGAUGCUUAUGAUGCCAAAUCAAGCACAAAACCUGUAGACAUUGAUUUCCACAAGCCCCCGAAGCAGAAAAAUCGAUACAAAUGUCUUAUUUGUAACAAGUCAUUCCAUUCUUACCAAGCCUUCGGAGGUCAUCGUUCGAGCCACAUGAGAAUGAAAGCCUCCAUCGAAGCAGGGACGGAUGGUAGCAGCACCUGCAAGAACAGCAUCGAGAGCAAUGCAUACACAGCAACAAAACAGACCGAUGAAGAUUCCGGUCGGCGUGCUGGCACUGGAACCGGCUCUGAGGCUUCCAAGAAGGUCAAGGAAUACAACUGUCCGAUUUGUUGCAAGGUUUUCUCAUCUGGCCAAGCUUUGGGUGGUCACAAAAGAUCUCAUUUUCUGCCGAACUCCAAUUAUGAAGGGUCUUCUUCAUGUCAACAGGCCAUGGUGAUCCAACAGCACCCUUCUAUGAUGCCUGAUAUGCUUGAUCUCAAUGUGCCAGCUUCGGUUGAUGAGGAUCCUAAAUUGAUCACCGAUAACAUUGAGGCAUGGUGGGUCAAAAGCGGUGCAGAACAUGAGCCAUUAGUAAGUCUGAUCUCAAAUUGAGAUGCAGGGUGUACAGAUUCAUCGAAUAACUUACCGCGGAUUUGUUUGAUUCGUUUCUUCUGAUUCAAUGGCAAAGUCACACCUACUUGCCUUUAUCUUUUAGAAUUGUAGUUUCCAAAUCUGCUCCUCAAUGAAGAGUUCUACACCUUUCAUUAGUACAAAUUUCCCUAAAAAUAAGAGAAAAAAGAAGCCAGUAUGAGGAAUACUUGCCUUAGAGGUUGCGAUUGCCGCGGCAGAUUAGCUGGGAAAAAAGAUCAUUCUGAAGUAGAUUGUAUAAUCAGGCAUAAGCAUUUUCUAUCACAGGAAAAGAAAGAAGAAGAGGAAGCAAUUGCAAUGGAGUAGCUGAUCAAAGUGCCAAAAGAGCCCAGCUCUUCAUAAUCAAGUUUACUGACAAGGCAUCAGUUCAGCAUUCAUAUUCUUCCCAUUUGGUAUUGAGCAUGUCAGUGUUUCUUGGAGUGUCUCAUUAAAACUUAUGAGGCCAAACACAAUAUAUUGGAUGAUGGAAAUGUUAGUAAACAAAUUUGUUUCUUUUCUGAAAUCUGAAUGCUUGAUUUUAGUAUGAUUAUUCUCACUGAUGAUCUCAAGUAACCUUCAUCGGUAUACAAUUUCCUCACCUUCAGAGGAAAUUUGUUCAUCUUGAGCCAUUGUGACAACUCAAUGCUUUCAGAUUAAACUACUGUAGAUCGAAGAGGUAGGAACCAGAAGAAGUAGAUGAGAUUGAAGGGGAUAUCCGUUUGCCAGAUUGCUCGAGCUUCCUCCUGAUUGAAAUAUGUGACUGGUGCAGCCAAUUCAUGGAUGGAUCUAUUUGGUGGUCUUUGCAUUGCAUGUGAAAUAAGUUUGCAGGUUUACAUGACAACCAUAUUCUCUUAAGAAGUUCUUCUUUAUAUUUGUUUCAUGAGGCUAAUUCUGAUCUCCUCCUUUCUUCCUCCUCAUGGCUUCAAGUUCAAUAUGUGCACUCUCCUACCUUCCUCCUCUCUCGUGUGCAGAUACAAUGGUCAGAUAGAGAUACAAUUAGUGUGCGAUUACAUGUUCUUCUGGCAUCCCAAACAUUUGGUGACAAACACAGGUCAUAUGGUGAUGCUUCGAAGCAACGAAACAAAGUCUUGUCCACAUCAAAAGAUCAAAAAGCUUUUGUCCGCAGCAGUAUGUCGCACGCAGCGAAUCUGAUGCAACGUUCUGCUUUCCUUGAACAUAAAGAACAUGCCAUUGGAGUGCUGUGCUAUGAGAGAAUUCCGCAAUCUGGAAUGGCCAUGUUUGCUUGUUCUGUUUCAUGGCUGUAAGUGGACUAGCUUUAGGUCCAAACA